CGAAAAUGACGUCUGUCAAUUUGCUGGAUGGAAAAUAGUGCUAACCUUAAUAUUUACAGUAUUAUUUAUCAAUGAAGAAAACUGAAUUUUUGUGAAAAGAAUUAAUGUCUCGGUCAAAAUUGGUUCAUGGCAUUGUUGCAGCUACGUCUACUGUUCUUGUACUCGUCCAUUCUGUGCCAAAUCUGUAUCCAAAUUUUGUUGUCAACCACCAAGGCUUUAAAAAUGUCGACAUACCUUGUCAUAUCGAACAAGCUUUUGAAGAGGUUGCAAAGAAGAUGAAUUUAUCCCAUUCUGAGAAGGUAAAACUUUUUAUAAAUAAUGGUUGUAGUAGCGUUUCUGUUGGUUCAACCUGGCUGCCUGGAGGUGCCGCUAUCGGUAUAUCACGUCUUUAUUUAUACACAGACCUUGAACAACUUUCAGAAUCAGGGCUUGUAUUCAAGGGGAAAAAAUUAAACUUGGACAGCAAAGCUGGUAAGAAAUUAAGUAAAGCGUUGUUGUUUAAUGACGAAGAGUUGAAGUUUAUCUUAGCUCACGAAGUAAGUCAUUUGCAGAACUUGGAUUUUACCACAAAUUGUUUCUUGCCAGCUUGGUGGUUGUAUUUCACAUAUAGAGCAAUACCGAUUAUUCUAGCUAACCUGCCUCCCAAUAGUUUACUCAAAAUUGCAGUACAGGGCUCUCUUUGGCUGUCAAGCUAUUGGAUAUUCAGUCGACAAAAUACAACAUUACACCACAAUCGAGAAUUUGCAGCAGAUCAAAAUGCUGCAAUGCUUGGUGUAACAUAUGUAAAAGGUGGAAUAAAUGCAACUAUGAAAAGGAUGAAAGUGAACGAAACGUUAAGAGGAUUGAACAGGCAAGAUGGGAAAAACUUGUAUUCCAUUGAAGGAAACGAUUUAAAAGAUUGGGCGCAUCCAAAGCUAUCUGAAAGGUUACGCAAGCUAGAGGAAAUAUAUGUAGAGAAAUAUUUAGGAGAUAAAACUACAUAAAAUAUUUAUUUGUUGCAUAAUUUGAAGUGCAUAUAAUAUAGCACAUUAUGGCAGUUGUAAGCACUCUGUGUCUUGUUAUUAACAUUCUUGAAUUUAUAUAACUAGACAAAACAUGAAAACCCAACAAAAUUAUCAAACACUAUUUACAGUAGAAUUAAAGUUUAUAGUGUACAAAACAGAUUUAGGACAGACUGUGCAAUACAAGCUACACAAAUAUUUGUCAUGUGUAUCCCAACAUAUGUAAAUUACUAGCUGGUGAUCGAAAAACGCAUGUAUUGCAAUUCACCCAAAGCAUAUAUUAUAUUUAACUGAUCAAAACACGUUCCUUUUUAUGUACCUAGAGUUGUUUCUAAGUUGUCCAAUGACUAGUAUUUUCCAGAGGUUGUUGGGACUUGUGCUGGGUAAUUGGAGGGCAUGGUUGAAUGAGAGUUAUCUCCUAGUAUGAUAUAUUGUCCUGAUGAUGUUAUUGUAGCGCUCAAUGAAUAAAGUGAUGGAGCUGUCUUCUGGUUCUCAGAAACGAGCCCUUGUGUUGUAUGAGGUGUUGUCAACUUCUCGUAAAUAUUCACAAGCUGAUCUUGUUUGGUUAGGUGGUGUUGUGGCUUGCUUUCUCCUGAAGAACUGCCUAUCAAAUUAAGUGCCAAAGAUGCAUCAUUGAAGUCU